UGUUUUUCGUCACGAGUGCCAUUAUUCUUGACCGUUUGUACAAAGUGAAGCGUUUUUAUUAGUGGCAUUUCAAAAUGAUAAUCACUAUGAAAGCGGCCCUUAUUGGGGGUGUAGCUAUUUUAGCCAUAGCUGGGAUUACGGUUGGGAUAGUUUUUGCAACGAAAGGGGGGGACGAUGACCCAACUUGUACAGGAUUUAGUAAACCAGUUGAUUUGGCGAUUAACGAAAGAGAUGGGAAGCUUUUUGCGGUUUGGGGUAGCCCUGAGAAUUUAGGAGAUUGUGCACCGAAAUAUAAUUUGACUUUAACCGUGAAUGAUGUCGUAGAAGAUGCGGUUCAAGUUGAUAAAAAUGAAUACGAGAUUGCUUCGAAAUAUAAUAAACCCUGCGUUAAAAUUCAUGUUGGAAUAACAACGGUUGAUGAAGAUAACGUUGAAAGUGAGAUUGAAGAAAAAAGUUAUACUAAAGCUGUUGGAGAUGUUUCUGAAGUCACCACGACAGUAAAAGCAACCGAAUCAGAUGAGGUGUACCAAAUCACUUGGGAUGAACCGGCAGGAUAUGAAUAUUGCACCGUUACAUACGUUGUAUCGUUGAACGACGUAGCCAAAGAUCUAGAUGAUGAUAAGCUAUCGAUCGAUAUUCCAAUUGAUGAAUUGGUUACUUGCAAUAACAAGGUUACAGUUGUGCCAAUGAUUGAAACUAAUGUCGCUAAAGAAUCGGAAGUAACCAUUUCGAAAGACGUGGGAGAUGUGUCAACCGUUGAAGUAACCGAUUUAGAAGAAGUCCUCAACGAGAACAUUUGGACAAUUAGCUGGACGAAACCAAGUGGUUACGAUAAUUGCGAUGUUGAAUACAUCGUAAAAAUUGGCGAUGGUGAAGAAAAAACAGUAACAGAUGUCUCCACGACGAUCUCUAAUGAUGAUUUGAAAAAAUGUGAAAACACCGAUGUUGUUGUAACUCCGAUUAUCCAAAAAAACAGUGGGAAAGCAACAACACAACAAUUCACCGCUGAUAUUGGAGAUGUAUCCUCUGUAACAGUAUCCAAUCUAGAUGGGACACUUAAUACCGAUAAGACAUGGACAAUUAGCUGGGAAAAACCAACCGGUUAUGAUAACUGUGGUAUCAAAUACAUCCUACAAAUUAAUGAUGGGGAAGGCGAAACUGUAAACGAUACCCCCGCGACGAUUUCUAAUGAUGAUUUGAAAAAAUGUGAAGGGAACGAUAUCACCGUUACCCCGGUUAUACAAGAAAUAAAUGGAGCAGCAACAACUAUUCAAAUUAACGCCGAUGGUGGUAUUUCAGAAGCUAUAGUUACCGAUAUAACAUCAACAUAUAAUGAAGCCGAUUCAACUUGGACUAUCACUUGGACAGCACCAACUGGUUACGAAACAUGUUCCCCAACAUAUUUACUUUACAUAGAUGGAACUCCCGAAGAAACUGCAGUUUCAGACACCUCAAUCAUAAUUCCUAACACUAAGUUUAUUCCAUGCCAAAUUAGUCAAAUUGAAAUUGAACCUAUAUUUGAAACUACAAGUGGCAAUGAAGCUGGCCAAAAAGCAUCUGGAACCAUAGAAGGAGAUAUUGGAAAUGUAUCCUCUGUAACAGUAUCCAAUCUAGAAGGGACACUUAAUAACGAUAAGACAUGGACAAUUAGUUGGGAAAAACCAACCGGUUAUGAUAACUGUGGUAUCAAAUACACCCUAAAAAUUAAUGAUGGCGAAGCCGAAACUGUAAACGAUACCCCCGCGACGAUUUCUAAUGAUGUUUUGAAAAAAUGUGAAGAGAACGAUAUCGCCGUUACCCCGGUUAUACAAGAAAAAAAUGGAGAAGCAACAACCAUUCAAAUUACCGGCGAUGGUGGUGUUUCAGAAGCUAUAGUUACCGAUAUAACAUCAACAUAUAAUGAAGCCGAUUUAACUUGGACUAUCACUUGGACAGCACCAACUGGUUACGAAACAUGUUCCCCAACAUAUUUACUUUACAUAGAUGGAACUCCCGAAGAAACAGCAGUUUCAGACACCUCAAUCAUAAUUCCUAACACUAAGUUUACUCCAUGCAAAGUUAGUCAAAUUGAAAUUGAACCUAUAUUUGAAACUGCAACUGGCAAUGAAGCUGGCCAAAAAGCAUCUGGAACCAUAGAAGGAGAUAUUGGAAAUGUAUCCUCUGUAACAGUAUCCAAUCUAGAAGGGACACUUAAUAACGACAAGACAUGGACAAUUAGCUGGGAAAAACCAACCGGUUAUGAUAACUGUGGUAUCAAAUACACCCUAAAAAUUAAUGAUGGCGAAGGCGAAACUGUAAACGAUACCCCCGCGACGAUUUCUAAUGAUGAUUUGAAAAAAUGUGAAGUGAACGAUAUCACCGUUACCCCGGUUAUACAAGAAAAAAAUGGAGAAGCAACAACCAUUCAAAUUACCGCCGAUGGUGGUGUUUCAGAAGCUAUAGUUACCGAUAUAACAUCAACAUAUAAUGAAGCCGAUUCAACUUGGACUAUCACUUGGACAGCACCAACUGGUUACGAAACAUGUUCCCCAACAUAUUUACUUUACAUAGAUGGAACUCCCGAAGAAACAGCAGUUUCAGACACCUCAAUCAUAAUUUCUAACACUAAGUUUACUCCAUGCAAAGUUAGUCAAAUUGAAAUUGAACCUAUAUUUGAAACUGAAACUGGCAAUGAAGCUGGCCAAAAAGCAUCUGGAACCAUAGAAGGAGAUAUUGGAAAUGUAUCCUCUGUAACAGUAUCCAAUCUAGAAGGGACACUUAAUAACGACAAGACAUGGACAAUUAGCUGGGAAAAACCAACCGGUUAUGAUAACUGUGGUAUCAAAUACACCCUAAAAAUUAAUGAUGGCGAAGGCGAAACUGUAAACGAUACCCCCGCGACGAUUUCUAAUGAUGAUUUGAAAAAAUGUGAAGUGAACGAUAUCACCGUUACCCCGGUUAUACAAGAAAAAAAUGGAGAAGCAACAACCAUUCAAAUUACCGCCGAUGGUGGUGUUUCAGAAGCUAUAGUUACCGAUAUAACAUCAACAUAUAAUGAAGCCGAUUCAACUUGGACUAUCACUUGGACAGCACCAACUGGUUACGAAACAUGUUCCCCAACAUAUUUGCUUUACAUAGAUGGAACUCCCGAAGAAACUCCAGUUUCAGACACCACAAUCAUAAUUCCUAACAAUAAGUUUGUUCCAUGCAAAGUUAGUCAAAUUGAAAUUGAACCUGUAUUUGAAACUGCAACUGGCAAUGAAGUUGGCCAAAAAGCAUCUGGAACCAUAGAAGGAGAUAUUGGAAAUGUAUCCUCUGUAAAAGUAGCCAAUCUAAAAGGGACACUUAAUAACGAUAAGACAUGGACAAUUAGUUGGGAAAAACCAACCGGUUAUGAUAACUGUGGUAUCAAAUACACCCUAAAAAUUAAUGAUGGCGAAGGCGAAACUGUAAACGAUACCCCCACGAUGAUUUCUAAUGAUGAUUUGAAAAAAUGUGAAGAGAACGAUAUCACCGUUACCCCGGUUAUACAAGAAAAAAAUGGGGAAGCAACAACCAUUCAAAUUACCGGCGAUGGUGGUGUUUCAGAAGCUAUAGUUACCGAUAUAACAUCAACAUAUAAUGAAGCCGAUUCAACUUGGACUAUCACUUGGACAGCACCAACUGGUUACGAAACAUGUUCCCCAACAUAUUUACUUUACAUAGAUGGAACUCCCGAAGAAACAGCAGUUUCAGACACCACAAUCACAAUUCCUAACAAUAAGUUUAAUCCAUGCAAAGUUAGUCAAAUUGAAAUUGAACCUAUAUUUGAAACUGGAACUGGCAAUGAAGCUGGCCAAAAAGCGUCUGGAACCAUAAAAGGAGAUAUCGGGAAUGUUUCUGAAGUUAAAGUUAGCGAUGUAACGACUUCAUAUAAUAAUGCAGAAUUAACUUGGACUAUCACUUGGACGGAACCAGCCGAUUACGAAGAGUGCUCACCAAAAUAUUUAGUGUACAUAGGUGACGCCCCUCAAGAACCUGCAGUAUCAGGCAAAGAAGCCUCAAUUCCCAACGCUGAAUUAGUUCAAUGCGCAGAUAAUCAAAUUCAUAUCGAACCUGUUUUUGAAAUUGACGGUGAAGAUAAACGUGGUGAAAAAGUGACGGAGACAAUAAGAGGAACUGUUAGCGAUGUUUCUACUGUUGCCGUUCAAAAUAUUAAACCAGUUCUUGAUGGUGAUACUUGGACUAUUUCUUGGGACAAACCCGCUGAUUAUGAUCAAUGCAACAUUAAAUACGUUAUAUAUUUCGACACGGAACAGUUAGGUGAAGAAGUCCUCAUUGAAGAAACCACCAUUAAGAAUGCAAUGUUAACAACUUGUGUUAACAAUAACAUUGGGGUUCAACCAAGAAUUGAAACUGAACUCGGUUUUAAAGAUGUUACCGUGAUAAAAGGAGAACCUCCACUUGACGGAAGAAUAACCGCCGAAUCUUUUGAGGUAAAACCAGGAGGUGUUAUGGAUGUCACAUGGAAGAAAGCCGAUCAGUAUCAAGCGUGCACCUUUAAAUACAACAUUAAUAUCAAAAAAGGUGAUGAAACUCUAUUUGAGGACAGCAUUGAUGAGGAGGCUUAUCAAAACACGAAUGAAGAAGUAACAAAUUGCGAAGGUGUAACAGCUACAGUAUCGGCUACAAUGAGUGUUGAAGGAGAAGCUGUUUCGUUUGAGUGCAAAUCUGAAUCGGCACUAUUUUUCCUACGCCCUAAAUAAUUUAGUUCUAAAUUAAUUUUUAUCCAUGUAUAUUUCGUUUCAAUUUAUUAAAUUUAAAUUAUUUA